AUGGUUGCCAUUAACCGUCUUAUCCCUCUGCUGGGCUUGUGCCUUGGUGCCAGUACCGCGUUCAGUAUCUACAAUGCUACGGAUCUCGAGGCCAAAAAUGUCGGCGAUGCGUGUGUCAAGGCCUUGUCGGCCAACAUUGCUUGUCCAACAGCUAUACGCCCCUUCAUGGCACCGCGCGUUCAUGCGUCGCUUCGAAAUGUGACCUUAACAGAUGAAAUUUGCACUGGAACCUGCUCUGCAUCUCUCAGGAAGUGGUUCAACACCGUCGUCAGCGCAUGCGCAAAUGAAGAUUACGGAGACGGCGUCCCCCAACGCGUCGGCGGCUACAUCUGGGCCGGCUGGAACGAGACUUGCAUCAAAGAUCCUAGGACUAAGAGAUACUGCAAUGACAUCAUCGACGAGUUCACAGAGUUGAAAGACGGCGAGGAAAUGCCCCGCGACGAGCUCUGCAGCGUCUGCUACGAACGAAAGCUCGCCAUGAUGCAGUCCUCGUCAUACUCGGUUUACAAUCGCUACUACCAGUCACAGCUGGAGAAGGUAUACAAGACAUGCGGUGGCUCUGGCCCGACCGAAAUUCCCCCGCCUCCCAAGGUCGAGGAGUCUAUGGAUUUCUGCCUGACCGAAAAGUACUACACCACAAAGGAAGGCGAUACGUGCGACUCGAUAGCCAAAGCAAACCCAGGCGUCGCUGGUGUCUUCUUGUAUAUGGGUAAUCAGGAACUCAUCGCCGACUGUCGCAAAAUUCCCGCAGGUAUCAAGCUCUGCCUUCCCACGACGUGCCCGACGUACGUGGUAAAGCCAGACGACACGUGCUGGUCCAUCGAGCGAGCACAAGGCCUCUACAUCGACGACGUCGAGUACUUCAACUCAUGGAUUAACAUCGACUGCAGUAACCUUCACAAGGCUACCGACUUUUACGGCAAAACUAUCUGUAUCGGGGCUUUUGGCUCUAAGCACGCUGGCUCCUGGAUCCAGGAUGAGGAUAAGGAACCCGACGUCGCUAGCCCUGCCCUACAACUCCGGCAUAGCAGCGCCAACGGCCCUGUACCUAAGCCCAAAGCCCCUGAGGAAUGA